UAUAGACGCAGCUAUGAUCAGGAUUAAGUGCUUAUACGGUCUGUUCGCAAUCUCCGGGGCUUUUAUGUUUGAUAGAUAUCCUUGUGACCUCGAGCCUCUCAACGGUGACUCGAAUACAGAAAUACCCGUCCCAAAGACUUGUACGAAUGGUACAUCGUUAUGGAACUACCCGAGGGGUCACGUAGUCCUGCUUUUCGAGGACUAUGGGAGGACAACAGCGGUAUGCCUGUAUGACGACGAUGGUUAUUCAUUCAACAUCUAUGACAUCACUCCGGGUCAUCACAUGGCGCAUAUGCUGGUUCUUGAAAGGCAAAGCGACAGGAGGAUGUGUACGGCCCCGUCCACUGGACAACCUGUGAAGAUACGCGUAGACGCAACAGAGAGGAAUGCGUAUCAGGGGACUUUCAAGUUCUUCCUCGAGUUUAUGGUAAGCAAAAGCACUGUGAAUAAGUAA